UUACAUAAUUUUUUCCCGCUGUUUUUUCAUGUUAAAAAAGUUGUCAUAGAAUGUCGUCAAAUGAGAUGACGUCGAUUUUAUUAACCAAUAUAAAUGACGUCAAAUUAAAAACGUCCUCUUUACAAAAUAAAUCUUUUUGCGAAGAGUCAAACUUCUUAGAAGGUAAUCAGUACAAUACGAAGCAACUUCAAUAAAAAGUUUAUAUAAUCAACAGAAGGCUGCAAAUUGGCCACGCAUGAGCUGAGUGAAGUAUUUUUUAAAAUUCUCUUUUAGUAAAAAGAUGUAUUCUUUGUGGAGUUCACCACAGUUGGUAAACAUCAAAUAUGCGUUUUUAAAACGUCAAAAUUCUUGUUCUUGGAUCAAAAUGAUGGUAAGUUUAUGUAAUGUUUUGCAUCCUCGCCCCCAGUGUUUGUUACCUAUGUCAAGCUAGCGCUCACUUGACAGCUAAAGCCCGUGGGGACGAGGUUGUAAUGUUUUAUGUGUUCUUGAAUUUUUGGAGAUAGUAUUUAUAAGCACCCACAUUGUGCUAAAUAAUUCUAUCCCUUUUGUUGCAAGUACCAAAAAAUAGAGUACUUAAAGGUAAAACUAUAUCAACCUCGUGUCAAAAUGAGACAAAAAGCCCUGGGAACGAGGUUGAAACUAUAUGUUUUUAUGUGAUAUCCCCUGGGUAAGAUGUUGCGAUUAUAUCCAUAAGCUUCUUCCUUGUAGCUUGACUCAGGAACAUAUUCGUAUUUCAACGACAGUCUUCAAGUGAGCAGCGUUGAAAUAAAAUCUUCUGCAGGAAGUGUUAGCCUAUCAUCACUUCAGGUGGAGGUUAGCAGCGGUAUCUUCAGCUUAGGUCGCUCGUUGCAAACCAACAGCUGCAUUUUGAAUCAAAGUGAAGUUCUAUCAAACUCAACAAAAGCAUUGGUUAUCCCUGAGUUGACACCUGACAUGACUGAUGCUCGUUUUGAUGCAGCAUUCAAAAUUAUGCAGUAUUUAGGAGGAGGAGCAUUUGGACGCGUCUUCAAAGCUGAGGUAAAGGAGACUAAAGAAGAAGUGGUGAUCAAAUUCCUGACGCGCGAAUCUGCAGAACUGCCCGACGAAGUCACAUUCAUGCGGCAACUUUGCCAUCCAAAUAUUGUUGAGGUAAGAAACACUUAAAAAAGUGUUUUUUUAUAAGACUUGGCUUGAAAAAAACAUAGGUACAAGAAUAGCAUUUGUUGGAUAUAGCAAAAAUGAUAAGGCACAUACAAGGAUGUUUUUUAUUAUUUUGCGGAGCAAGUAGUGAAGCAGCCAUAAGAUAGGAAAAUAAUUAGUAUGUUAUCUUCUUGUUUAGUAUCGAUGUGUCUCUGCUAACAUAAAGUAUGUUCAAAUUGUCAUGAGUUGCCAUGGACAAAAGUCCACAUCGUUUGAAACAUACAGGUCCUGUUUGUCAUCAUUCAGUGAAACUAUGUUAACAUUUUUUGCUCGACAGGUUUGUUUGUUUGUUUUGUAUUGUUCUCUUUCUUAUUGUAUACAAGUUUGUUUCAUUCUGCUUAUAAAAUUACAUUGUUUUUGUUACAGAUUUUGUCUGGAAUCAACUAUAUGCAUCAUGAGGGGGUCGCACAUAUGGAUUUGAAGGAAGCCAAUAUUAUUAUUAACGACAUGCUUCAAAUUAAAAUAAUUGACUUUGGCUUAUCUAUGAAAGCUUUAGAGCCUGGCUUCCAUCGUCCAAGGUACGACUCCUUUGGUACCACUUUAUAUAUGUCACCUGAAUUGCAUUUUGGACAUGGAUAUUAUGGAAGAGAAGCAGAUAUGUGGGCGUUUGGUGUUUUGUUAUAUCGUACAUUCACAGCUCUGUUUCCAUUUAAACUGAACAGAAGAGGACAGCUGCUUCCACCAAGACAAUAUCGAUGUCGACCAAUAGAAAGAUCAUGCAGUUAUAGUAAGCAAAAUAUAUUGAUCUUGUAAUAUUACCUUAUAAAGUUUUUCUUUUCAACUUAUUCAUUUAUUUGUAGAUUUAAAGAAUUUCUUCUGGCAACUAUUCAAUCCAAACGGACAAAGAAGAAUAUCAGCUGCUCAAGCCAUACAUCAUCCUUGGCAACAACGAAAUGCAGUGACCAACAUCAAAGAGGAAUACUACCAUCCAUUCCUCUUGAUGUAAGGUAGGACACUGGUUGCGAUGGAGGAGAGCGGAGUGCAGUACCACCAGCACACAACUUCCACCGACAUUGAGCUCUCCAGUGAGAUUCUUUACCACCUCUACGCCGUGAUAGUGUUUCAUACACGGUGAAAAUAAUUACAUAAACAGAUAAGAAAGAAGUUCUAUAGCCAGUUAACAGAUGACUGAUGGAUUUGGAACUGGAAGGAGAAAAUAAUGAAAAUGAAAAAAACGAGAUCAUGAAGAAAGCUGAAAAAACAAAAUGGAAAAUGUGAAUCUAUCGUUACAUAUGUCCACCACUUGUCUUUCUCUAUGUAAAGUUGGAUUGUGUUUAUACAUGAAGGGUUUAUGGUUUUCAACAGGAGUUGAAAUAAUGAUAACAGGGAAAUGCGUAGAGAAGAAAAAGAUAAAGAAGAAGUUUCAGUAACAUUGCUUUACCCUGUAAACAGCAGCUGGGUUGUUUUUGCCUCGAUUAACCUAAAACU